AUGACGCUCUGGUGCUACCUACAGACGGCGAUAGCUCCUUUACCAGUCAUACCUUACUACUUUUACUUGUCUCAAGAUGACAAACGUCUUCUGGAGCAGGCACAAACCGAGGAGGCGCGCCGUUCUUACUUGGAGAUCCUGGGCCAGAACAGAGGCAUUCUGACCCGCGAAUUCAGCGGCGCGGUUCGCUACUGCGAAACGUGCAGCCUGAUCAAACCCGACCGGUGCCAUCACUGCUCCAUGUGCAGGCGCUGCGUGCUUCAUAUGGACCACCACUGCCCCUGGUUCAACAACUGCGUCUGCUACAGCAACUACAAGUACUUCCUGCUGACUUUGUUCUACACUCUGUUGACGUCCGCGUUCUGUGUUACGACCACGUCUCUGUACGUCCCCAAUUUGUGGAGUAACGUCGGAUCGCAGUUCGUCAGGACAUUUCACGUCACUUUCCUCGACAUCGUAGGCGUCGUGCUCCUGUUUGGCCUGGGUUCUUUCCUUUAUUAUCACAUUACGCUAGUGCUGGCAAACAGCACUACCUUAGAGAAUAUGCGAGAUCCCGUUUUUAAAGUCCGGGAAGAUUCGUUUAAUAUCGGAUGGCGGGAGAAUUUUCUGGAAGUCUUUGGAAGCAAUCCACUCUUGUGGCUCAUACCCGUCUUUUCUACUCGAGGCGACGGGGCAAGAUUUCCAACUGUCCUCCACAGGAACAGGAAUGCAUUAGGAGCUGUCUGA